AUGCACCCAAUGGAAAACUACAACAGGCUCGAGAAGGUCGGUGAAGGAACUUAUGGCGUGGUUUACAAGGCGAAGGAUCUACGAACUGGCGAAAUUGUAGCAUUGAAGAAAAUCCGGCUCGAGGCUGAAGACGAGGGGGUACCCAGCACAGCAAUCCGCGAAAUCAGUUUAUUAAAAGAGAUGGAUGAUGAGAAUAUUGUGCGACUUUUAGAUAUCUGCCAUGCCGAAGCAAAACUUUUUCUUGUCUUCGAAUUCCUUGAUCUCGACCUUAAACGGUACAUGGACAAAAUCGGAGAUGGGGACGGAAUGGGUCCUGCGAUCGUCAAAAAAUUUUCCUACCAACUGUGUCGAGGGGUGUGCUACUGUCAUGGCCAUCGAAUCUUACAUCGAGACUUGAAGCCGCAAAACCUACUAAUCGACAAAGACGGGAACUUGAAGUUGGCGGAUUUCGGUUUAGCACGAGCGUUCGGGAUCCCUCUCCGAAGUUACACUCACGAAAUCGUUACAUUAUGGUACCGUGCCCCUGAGGUUUUAUUAGGAAGCAGACAUUACUCCACAGGUGUUGAUAUGUGGUCAGUGGGAUGCAUCAUUGCGGAAAUGAUAUCCAAGCAACCCCUAUUCCCUGGUGAUUCGGAAAUCGAUGAGAUUUUCCGUAUUUUCCGUCUGUUGGGAACUCCUAACGAGACUAUCUGGCCGGGAGUCCAAACUUUACCCGACUACAAGCCUGGAUUUCCCCAAUGGUCUGCCAAAGAUAUCGGCUCCCAAGUCCAAAAUUCCAACGCGGUUAGCGUCGAUUUGAUAGCCAAAAUGUUGGUAUACGAUCCGGCAAAACGAGCUUCUGCUAAAUCUUCAUUGAAGCAUCCAUACUUCGAUGGGACGGAAACAUAG